AAACACAAGUGUACAGCCAGCUGUACUCAGAAUGAACCCCAGCCCAAGGAACCCUUGGUUUCUGUGGUUUUCAGUACAUUUAGAUCUUCUACGGGUAGUGACACUAUACUAAAGCCUCUGUGCUCAUUAGCACUUCAUUGGUUGAGAAUUGAGGGCACAUUUGUUGGACUGAAAAAGAGAGGGAUCAAAGAGAGGAGUGUAAAAUUAAGCAGGGGGCUGUGGAGAACAGUGGAGCAGAGAGAAAUGGAGAGCGUUUCAUCGGAUCAGUCAGCCAGCGUGGAUGAGCUGGUAGAAGCCUGCAUUAAAGCCUUUGACAAUGAAGGUGUUCUGAAGGAAACAUCUCUGGUGCGCAUGUUUCUAACCAUGCAUCCCUGGUAUCUCUCCUCCAGUGACCUAGCCAAGAAACUCCUGCACAAGUCUCAGGAACAGGAUUGUUCUGCAAAUCGACAGUCUCAAAUUUGUCACCUUGUCAAGUUCUGGAUAUCUGAGUUUCCUGCCGAAUUUGACCUGAACCCUGAGCUGGCCGAGCAGAUCCGCGGUCUGAAGGAGCGACUGGAGCAGAAUGGAGAUGUGAGACGCAGUCUGCUCAUCGACAUAGACAGCAUCCCAUCAUAUGAAUGGAGACGGCAACUGGAUGAGACUGUCCAGAAGAAACGCAAGACGUCUCUUCUUUUUGACCAUCUGGAUGCCUCCACCCUGGCUGAACAUCUGACUUAUAUGGAGUACAAAUCAUUUUGCAAAAUUCUUUUCCAAGACUACCACAGUUUCGUGAUGCAUGGCUGCACGGUGGAUAAUCCAAUUCUGGAGCGUUUCAUUACUCUAUUUAAUAGUGUUUCCCAAUGGAUCCAGAUUAUGGUUCUCAGUAAGCAUACAGCUCAGCAGAGAGCCACUGUCAUCAGUGAAUUUAUCAAAGUGGCCCAGAUGCUACUGCAGCUGCAGAACUUUAACACACUGAUGGCUGUUGUGGGUGGACUCAGCAAUAGCUCCAUUGCUCGACUCAAGGAUACACAGGCACUCAUUGGCAGCGAGACACGCAAGGUGUUUGAUGGAUUGGUGGAGCUGGUCACUUCCUCUGGAAAUUACAGUCGCUACCGUCAGCGUUUCUCAGAAUGUUCAGGAUUUCGUUUCCCCAUCCUUGGGGUUCAUUUGAAGGAUCUGAUUGCUGUCCACGUGGCCCUGCCUGACUGGGUUGACCCAGAGAAGAGCAGGGUCAACCUAACCAAGACUCAUCAGCUGUACGCCAUCCUGGAGGAGCUGGCACUCAUUCAGAGCACUCCACCCAGUAUAGAAGCCAAUUCAGACCUCCUCAAUCUGCUUUUAGUGUCUUUGGACCAGUACCACUCAGAGGAUGAGAUAUAUAAGCUUUCUCUUCAGAGGGAGCCACGCAGUAUUAAACUAUCAACUUCCAGCUCAAAGUCGCAGUCUCCUCUGAUAGAACAGUGGGCAUCUUCUGUCAAACCCAAAGCAGAUCCGGCCAUUAUCAACAAGCACAUUGAAAAAAUGGUGGAGUCAGUGUUCCAAACUUUUGACACUGAUGGCGACGGCUACAUUUCCCAAAGAGAGUUUGAGAUCAUUAGAAGCAAUUUCCCUUACCUUGGCAAGUUCGAUGAACUGGACCAAAACCAGGACUGUAAAAUUAGCAGAGAGGAGAUGAUUGAGUACUUCACCAAGGCAAGCUCCUUACUGAACUGCAAGAUGGGCUUUGUUCACACGUUUAUGGAGACAACCAGUGUGAAGCCUUCAGUUUGUCGGCACUGCUCUCGCCUGAUAUGGGGCUUUUACAAACAACGUUACAAAUGUCAAGUCUGUGGUGUUAGCUGUCAUAAAGACUGUCGGAGUCAUUUGGCCAUUGAGUGCCGCAAGCGGGUGCAGAGUGUCAGUUAUCACAAUGGCACUUCCUUUAAGGCCACACGUUCCUUCAGCUUCCCGCCACCUAACAGCACCCAGCCAAUAGCAGAGCAUGCAGCAUUUUGUAUUCCCUCUACCUCCACAGUCAUCCCAGAUGGCUCUCAAGAGGAAGAGGACGAGGUUUUUGAUGUCCACCUUUGAUGAGGAAAAUCCUGGAGGGAACUAAUAAGAUACAGCAGCCUAGCAACAUCAUUCUCCAAAACUCCAAAGUGUGUGUUUGCUGUCCAAUUUUCUUCAUGUUCUUUUUCGCUCUUACACUGUGAUAAGAACCAGAUACGAACUGUACUGAAAAUCUUCUGAAAAGAGGAGUAUCAUAUGUUAAAAAAAAAAAGCACACCAACUACUCAAAACAGAUUUUACUCAACUAUGAUAAUAUCUGGCAAUGUACAAGGCUUUGAUUUAUCUAGUAUCCUAAAUGUGUGUAAUUCUUGCAACUGCAUGGUUUCAUUGUCCUGUUUAAUCUCCAUGAUAUACAUUUUGAAAAGAAGACAAGGUCAAAUGAAUGACGUGUUGCAAAGAUCACUGUACCCUGGUCAUGAGCUCACAUCACACCAACAGAAGGCGCUGUUGUGCUGACAUGACAAGCUUUGUGCUGCCUCAAUCGCACUGUCUUUUUUACUUUUUUCUUUUUUAUAUAUAUAUUUAUAUUAUCAUUAUGCAUAUGAAUGAUUUGUUUUCCUAGAUAUAUACAUUUGAGUUUAUCAACAUGUAUGUUUGCCAGUGUUUUUGCCACAAAGAAGGAUACAUAUAUGAUAUGAAUAAGUAAGCUGUCUGGAUGAAAAGUAUUAUUAUCUGAGAAAUGAGAGGAGAUUGCACCAUUAAAGGGUUCAUUCACUGAAAAAA